AUGCUCCGCCGCAUGGAUGCACAACGCAGGGACGUGCAGCAGCCUCCAGUGGUCGACGCCGCCCUUGCCGAAACAGCACGUCGCUCAGUCACUUCGCAGGUUGCCGGCAAAUCGACCGGUGCCCCACCUGCCGUUCCUAUAGUCGCCGCCCCACCGCCCGCGGAACCCAAAUCUGCGUUUCUUCGCGCCCAUUUAGGCGCACGCAAAGCGGGAGCUCCACAAGUGACUCAGCCGGAACCCGGCAAAAGCGCGACGCCGACGUCGGUAAACGCGACUUCACCCACACCAGGUGCAGCUGUGGUCGAUGCUGCGGCGGAGAAGGGUGUGAGCGCGGCGCUAGCCACCGGCGGCCGAGCCGACAUGCAUGCCAACCUCACUGCCGUUCUGGCUCAAAUUGAAGCAGCAAAACGCCCCGAGCAUGCCCCAGCACUGGCCAUCAUGGACACGGCACAUGCGGAGCCGUCGGGGACCCACGGAGGGGGUUCGGCGGAGCCGACGGCUGCAACGGCUGCUCUCGCCGAGGGAAAUGUGGGACGGAAGGGGAAGGACGACAACGGGAAAGGGAAGGCGGUCUCUCAGAGGAGCACGCAGGCGAUGUCGGCGGGGAAUGAGAUGUCGGAAGAGAAAGGGAAGAAGCCGGCACGGAAUCAGAACAAGACGGGCGGCAAUCAUAAGCUGGCGAAGAGGAAGGCGAAGGCGGAAGAGGAGGAGGAGGAGGAGGGGGAGGAGGAGGAAGAGCAUGGACGCCGGGGUCAUGGCAUCCGCCGAGACAGGUCUGGCGACGGGCUUGGGUGGGUGGGCGAGAUCAAGAUUAAGGGCCAGAAUCGGUACAUCGGCAAGUCGCGCGAGAAGAUGGAGCUGGCCUACGAGCACGCGAUUGCGUACUUGCUCUACGACGGCUACGUGAGCAAGGUGCUGAUGAAGGAGCUCACCGUCUUGAAGCCGGGGCAGUUCGACGAUAUACUCGGCAAGUACCGUGGGUACGCGAGCUCAGGUGAUGCGCUUCAUGACGUGCUCUGGCCGGCGAUAUGGUUCCCCAUCAUCGAAGACACGGAGGCAGGCAAGGCGGAGACAACCGCUCUCUUGUCGGCGAUGGUAAAUCGCGUGUCGAUGUGCGCGGCGUAUGGGAAGGUUGCGGCGAGCGUGGCGUUUGGGAAGGUCGAUGCGAGCGCGGAGGGGAAGGCGGGUGAGAGCGCGGAGAUGGAAGGCGCGGAGGGGAAGGCGGACGAGAAGACAGAGAUGGGGGCCCAGGCGUUAGCGGCAUCUGCAUGCGCCCUCUGGUGCUACAUGUCGACGGGUGCGUCGGUGCUCGGUGCUGUGGGCGAAGGGAAGGCGGCCGCGAUGGUGGCAGGUGCAGGGGAGGUGAGGGCCGAGCGCUUCAAGAAGGUCAUGCACGCAAAAAGUCGGCAGGCUCCCGCGGGGGAGGUUGCACAUAACGUCGCGCCAGAGCUGCAGCGCUAUGGAGUGGCCAGGGCCUUCGAGGCGGGAAUUGGGGAAGUCGAGGCCGACAUGAUCGCAAGAGCGACGGUCGAGACCUUGGCGUUCUGGGGAAUGUGCCCCGUCGCCGGGCCGAAUCUCAAAGCGGAGGGCAUCGAUGUGCCGUGUGACGCGAAGAUGGAGUACGAUUUGGAGCACAAGGGGAGGAAGGGUGAGAAGGUCAAGCAGGGCAAGGGCAGCAAGAGGAAGAAGGCGAAGGCGGAGAAGCAGGCGAAGGACAGUACGGAUGAGUAG